AUGUUUGUAGAGGACAUAAGAAAUGAUUUCUAUAAUACACUUCUAGGCAACAGAGUUCUGCUGCUGGUGCAUUACGACGUCGAUGCAAUUUGCGCUUGUAAAAUACUACAAGGUCUGUUUAAAUGUGAUAAUAUAUCAUAUACAUUGGUGCCAGUGGGGGGUAUAUCUGAGCUUAAAACUGCUUAUGAAGAAAACAAUGAAGAAAUCAAAUAUGUGGUGUUAAUAAACUGUGGUGGUACAAUUGAUCUAGUGGAUAUCUUGCAACCCGAUGAAGAAGUAGUGUUUUUUGUUCUAGACUCUCAUAAACCAACUGAUAUUUGCAAUGUCUACAGUGAUGGACAGGUCAGGUUAGUGUAUAAGGACGAGGAGGAAAACAUUCCAAACUUUGAUGAUAUAUUUAGAGAUGACGAUGAAGAUGAAGAGAAUGAAGAAGUAGAAAGUGCGCGGGAAGGUAUAGAAGCUGUGGUAGAACGUAGACGCGCUCGCAAAGCUUGGGAAGAGCGAAGACAUACCCUCAUGUUCAAUUACACACAGUUCUCUUACUAUGGAAAGCCGAGUGCGUGUGUGCUGUUAGAACUGGCGGCUCGUGCGUCGCGGCUGUCUCAGGCGGUUCUGUGGGCAAGUGCGGUGGCCACUGCAGCACAUUCAGCGCUUCACGCGCGAUCUCCUGCCCGUUGCCUGCUGGAUGCUGAAGCGCUGCAUCGCUACGUAGCCGCGGCGCAGCGCCACGAUGACUCCGCAGCAAACCGGACUGCUUGUGUGGUAAUGGAGAAAGAUGCUUGGUUGCCACUAUAUCGAGAGUGGACUUUAGAAGCUGCGUUGAGCCAUGCUGCUAUGCUGGCUCCGAAGCUAAAGCUGUACGCACGUUCCGGUUCCUCCAGGCUUCGUCAGUUGCUAGCUGAUAUGGGUUUCCCUCUGCAGCAAGCCCGGCAAGCGUAUCGCUCCAUGGACGUAGAGCUGCGUAGGUCUCUGCUAACGGCUCUAGAGACAGCGGCUCCAAAACACAAGCUGCCCGUGCCCACGAAGGCUACGUUCAUAUUGCAGAGGCCGCACUUGCCUCCGCUCGCUGCUUUAGACACUGUUUACGUUAUCAUGGCGCAUAUAGAACAUGAGACAAUGCCAAAAGCAGAAGGCUUCCAGCAAGCUCUGGCAGCACUGGAGGUGUCGGGAGACAACGAGGCGUGGCGCCGUGGCGCCGCUGCUGCUAGAAGAUGUCUGCAAGCCGUCGCCAGUCUCGUUCACACCACGCUGUCUUCUAGAAGAUUGAUGUUGGCCGGACCAUUCAGCUAUUUUAUAGUGCAAGAGGGUACUCCUGAAGCCAGUGUAGUGCGCGGGCCGCUGUGGCUGGGCGAGGCGGCGCGCUGGGCGGCCGGCGGCGCCGCGCGCCCGCUGCUGGCCAGCGCGCCCGCCCCCCCGCGCCCGCCGCCCCCCCGCGCCCGCCUGCCUGCUGCUGGGCCUGCCGCCGCGCUUCGACCACGAGCCCAGGAAGUACGCCCACUCUUGCAAAUAACCACACACUCUUGA